AAAUCAGUGAAGUUUAUGGUGAAAGCAUUAUGAGUGAAGGAAUGGUACGAAAAUGGGUUAGGGCCUUUAGUAAUGGCCACACAAACAUUCACGAUGAGGAACGAAGUGGGCGACCUUCAGUCAUUAUCGACGAUUUGAUUGAAAAAGUGGACUGUAGAGUGAAAGAAAACAGACGAUUCACAAUUUCAUCUUUAUCUAAACAGUUUCCUGCAGUUUCAAGAAGUGUUCUCUAUGAAAUUGUGACUGGACGAUUAAAUUAUCGGAAGUUGUGUUCCCGUUGGGUGCGGAAAAUGUUGACAGAGGAGCACAAAACCAAACGUUUGGCCAGUGCAUUGACUUUUCUUGAGCGCUACAGUGACGAAGGAGAUGAUUUUUUAAGUCGUAUUGUUACAGGCGAUGAAACGUGGGUAGCCUACGUUACACCGGAAUCAAAGCAACAAUCCAUGGAAUGGCGACAUUCAUCAUCUCCAAGGAAAGUCAAGUUCAAGCAAACAAUUUCUGCUCAGAAAAUCAUGUGCACGGUGUUUUGGGACAGAUACAGAGUGUUGCUUGUUGAUUUUUUGCCUCAUGGUGAAACGAUCAAUUCAGCUGCAUACUGUGAGACUUUAAAAAAACUGCGCCGUGCAGUACAAAACAAAAGGCGGGGCUUACUGAGCAAGGGUGUCGUUUUGCUCCACGAUAAUGCUCGUCCACAUACGGCAAAUCAAACUCAAGACCUAAUCACAUCAUUUGGCUGGGAACAAUUAGACCACCCUCCAUACAGUCCCGACCUAGCGCCGAGUGACUAUCAUUUGUUUCUGCAUUUGAAGAAGCAUCUGGCAGGGCAGCGCCAUAACAAUCACGACGAAGUCAAAACGACCGUUCUGCAGUGGUUGUCUCAUCAGGCGGCAACAUUCUUUGAGGAUGGAAUACAAAAGCUGGUCCCACGAUACGAUAAGUGUCUCAAUAUUAAUGGGAAUUAUGUAGAAAAGUAGUGUAAAAUAUGGGCUUUCACAUAAAUAAAAAUUUUGUUAAAAAUGUUUGCUUGUUUUUUUUAUAUUUCAAAACGGUACUUACUUUAAAAACACGCC